AUGCCGUGGGACCCCGUGCGGCAUGCAAUGGAGGAGACGUCGGUGAGAAAAACUCCGUCAACUCCGACUGCGCCUCCUCUGCAGAUCCCUGCCGCGACAAGCAGCAGUAGCCCGACGAGCAGCACAACUCCGCGGGCGACGAGCGCGAGCCUCGCAAUGCUGCUCAACGACGCGACGACGUACAGAUCGUCUCCGAGCCCAGUGCUGACGAGGCCGUCUUUGCCGCAUUCGCAGUCGAGCAGUGCAAGCUCUUCGGGUGCGCGUGCAUUGACCAUGCUCAUGAACCCUGCAUCGCCCACUAGACGUCCAGCAAAACUUGACCAGCACCCUCACUCACUCAUGGCGGCUCCCCCGGUCCCCUCGCGGCCUCUGCGCAUUCCCUACGACCCGCACAGAAUCUCCAGACCAGGGAGCAUCCUCGAGCCUAUCACUCAGGCAGAACGACGUGUCUUUGCAAAUCCAACAAACUCGCUCAGAACGGCCCUCGCUGCCAGAUCAUCCGCUCGCCCAAAAGUCGACGGCGGGUACUCGCCUUCGAGAUCUUAUUCACCCUCGAACUAUGAUCAGCAGAGAAAACGAAAAAGAACGGCGUCAGACGACGACGAGCAGGCCUCUACGCUCCAAAAACGCCAAAAGGAACGCGACCAAAACGUCGUAGCCAAGCACUACGACGACCGUCCCGAAGUAGGCCGCUCAGCACGUAAAGAGUCUCCCAUCUACGGUCUCAAAUCCUUCAACAACUGGAUCAAGUCGGUCCUCAUGCAGAAAAUGGCCUACCCGGCUCUCACACAAUCCCGCUCUCGCCGUACACUUCGUGCCAAUCUCACCCUGGCCGGACGGGUCCUCGACAUUGGCUGUGGAAAGGGAGGUGAUCUCCAGAAGUGGAGAAGCGCGAGGAUCAAAGAGUAUGUGGGCGUCGACAUUGCUGGCGUCUCUGUCAGUCAGGCCCGAGAGCGUUGGCGCGAUUGGAGGGGGGACAAGGCCGAGCGCUUUGAUGCCACAUUUGCCCAGUUGGAUUGCUACAGGCAUCCUCUCGACGCAGAACUUCCUCCAAAAGUCUUUUCAGAGCCCUUUGACGUCGUCACGAUGCAAUUUUGCAUGCACUACGCAUUCGAGACGGAAGCCAAGGUCAGAAUGAUGCUCGAUAACGUGACGAGCUAUCUUCGACCCGGUGGCCGCUUUAUUGGCACCGUUCCCAACUCGGAUAUCCUCCUAAAUAGUCUAGCCGAAGCGCAGGAAAGCGAUCCAAACGCCCUCUCCUUUGGCAACGAGGUGUACAGGAUACGGUUUGACCAAGCACGUGGCCCUCUUUACGGACACCGAUACAUGUUUUUCCUCGAAGAUGCCGUAGAGGACGUGCCAGAGUAUGUCGUCUAUUGGGAAGAGUUUGUCAGUCUGGCAAGUCAAUAUGGUUUGGCUCUGUUGUACAAGCGAGAGUUUCAUGAAGUGUAUGCCGAAGAGGCCGAAAAUCCAGAAUUCAACGCGCUUCUCAAACGGAUGAAAGUGGUCGACGAUGACAAUAACAGUGCUAUGGAUCCUGCGCAGUGGGAUGCCGCGAACGUGUACCUGGCUUUUGCGUUUGAAAAGCGAUAA